UAAACGCGCUCCCCCCAAAAAGGGCAAACCCAACCACCAGUCCACCACCCUCCGCCACCGCCCCCCGAUUCGAAAGCCACCGUCCUGUCCCCCCGCAAAACCCUAGCUCCAGCCACCAUGAAGGGCAAGGCCGACACCUCGAAGAAGGGCGACGGCAGACUCAAGGCCGGCGGCGGCGCCGGCAAGCGGAAGAAGGCCGCCGCCAGCGGCAAGCCCAAGCGCCCGCCCUCCGCCUUCUUCGUCUUCAUGUCUGAAUUCAGGCAGCAGUACAAUGCACAGCACCCUGAAAACAAGAGCGUCGCGGCCGUGAGCAAAGCAGCAGGGGAAAAGUGGCGUUCUAUGUCAGACGAAGAGAAGCAACCAUACGUGGACCAGGCUGGGCAGAAGAAGCAGGACUAUGAGAAGACCAAGGCCAACUUUGAUAAGAAGGAGAGCACAAGCUCAAAGAAGGCUAAGACUCAGGAUGACGAGGGCUCUGACAAAUCAAAGUCUGAGGUUGAUGAUGAGGAUGGCGGCAGUGAUGAGGAAAACGAUGAAGAUGAGUAAAUAGCGUCUCCAUGGUCAUGAGGUAGCAAAUGGAGUGUUAGAUCCCCGAUUAGCUUACUGGUUUGCUAUCUUUAAUAUUAAGUUGUUUGGAACAGGUGUGUAUGAAGGGGAUCUAUUAGACUUGUGUUUCUGGUUGUUAGUUUGGUGCAUUAGCAAAGAAAAAGCCGAAUGCUGCUAGCUGUUCUGUUGCUUUUCUUUUGCUAACCACUUGUGUCUCAACUUGAUGUACCUGUUUCAUUCACUAAUCUAAUGACUAGUCAGCUAUUAGCUUAAUGUUUUGGUUUUA